GUCUUUGGCUAAACUGGCUCUUGGAUUGGAAUGCUUCAAUAGAAAAACAACACGAGCCCUCAACUUCACACUCCUAUGGUUUUCCAAGGUUUUGCAGUAGGAGGAAGAAAAGGAUGAACUUUUAUCUCAAGAAUCAUCAAAACCUGCUGAUAAAGUUCCAUUCUUUCAGAAGCUGAUUCAAUUUUGGGAAGUGGGUUUUUGAUUUUGUGUGGGGUUGUUGUUGUUGGUGGGAAAAUGAGGGAAGAUAGGAUUGAAGAGAUCAGCACAAGGUUGUUGUUGGGUAGAAGCAGCAGUGGUGGGAGCAGUGAGUCAAGGUGGGUUGAUGGAAGUGAAGUGGACUGGGAUGAGGUUCCUAUGUGGUCAAAGCAUGAUGAUGGCAGAGAAGGGUAUGGCUCAAUCAGGAGGAGGCUUACCAAGAAGCCCAAGAGGGUUGACUCAUUUGAUGUUGAAGCCAUGGAGAUUGCUGGAACUCAUGCUCAUCACUCCAAGGACCUUUCCCUCUGGCCCACUAUUGCAUUGGCAUUUAAGACUCUUGGUGUGGUAUAUGGUGACAUGGGAACAAGUCCUCUAUAUGUUUUUGCUGAUGUCUUCAGCAAGGUUCCAAUUGGAUCAGAUGAUGAUAUCUUGGGGGCAUUAUCAUUAGUAAUGUAUACAAUAGCACUUAUUCCAUUAGCGAAAUAUGUUUUUAUAGUCCUCAAAGCAAAUGACAGUGGAGAAGGAGGAACGUUUGCACUAUACUCGCUGAUUUGCAGGUAUGCAAAUGUGAGUCUGCUUCCAAAUCGUCAACAAGCCGAUGAACAAAUCUCUAGUUUUAAGCUCAAACUGCCUACUCCAGAACUGGAAAGGGCCUUAAGAAUAAAGGACACUUUAGAAAGGACACCAUUUUUGAAGAACCUAUUAUUGGUGUUGGUUCUUCUGGGAGCUUCCAUGGUUAUUGGAGAUGGUAUUCUAACCCCAGCAAUAUCAGUGAUGUCUGCCAUAAGUGGUCUGCAGGAUCAAAUAGAUGAAUUUGGUACUGGUGAAGUGGUUGGUAUUUCUAUUGUAGUCCUGGUGGCUUUGUUCAGCAUACAACGGUUUGGUACCAGUAAAGUCGGUUUCAUGUUUGCCCCUAUACUUGCCUUAUGGUUCUUUUCUCUGGGUGCUAUUGGAAUAUACAAUAUACUUAAAUAUGAUAUCACUGUUCUAAGAGCAUUCAAUCCGGCUUAUAUUUAUUAUUUCUUCAAGAACAAUGGCAAGGAUGCAUGGUCAGCUCUUGGUGGUUGUGUUCUGUGCAUUACAGGUGCAGAAGCAAUGUUUGCAGAUCUGGGUCAUUUUUCUGUACCAGCAAUACAGAUUGCCUUCACUUGUGUGGUAUUUCCCUGUCUCCUCCUUGCUUAUAUGGGCCAAGCUGCUUUUUUGACGAAGAACCCAAAUUAUUAUGCAAGUGUAUUCUACAAGUCUGUUCCAGAGAGUCUCUUCUGGCCAAUGUUUGUGAUUGCCACACUUGCUGCAAUGAUUGCCAGCCAAGCAAUGAUAUCUGCUACAUUUUCAUGCAUAAAGCAAUCUAUGGCUUUGGGAUGCUUCCCCAGGCUCAAGAUAAUUCACACCUCAAAAAGGUUCAUUGGCCAAAUUUACAUCCCCAUAAUUAACUGGUUUCUGAUGAUCAUGUGCAUAGUUGUGGUUUCCAUCUUCCAAAGCACAACUGAUAUUGCAAAUGCAUAUGGCAUUGCUGAAGUUGGUGUCAUGAUGGUUAGCACCACCUUGGUGACCCUUGUGAUGGUUUUAAUUUGGCAGACCAACUUAUUUUUGGCAUUUUCUUUUGCUCUUGUAUUUGGUACAGUGGAGUUAAUUUACCUGUCUUCUGUGCUAUCCAAAAUCAUUGAGGGUGGCUGGCUUCCACUUGCCUUUGCUACCUUUUUCCUCUCUGUGAUGUACACAUGGAACUAUGGGAGCGUAUUGAAGUACCGAAGUGAAGUUAGAGAGAAGGUUUCAGUGGACUCAAUGCUUGAGCUUGGCUCCAAUCUUGGAACAGUAAGGGUGCCAGGAAUAGGAUUGCUAUAUAAUGAACUUGUCCAGGGCAUUCCCUCCAUUUUCUUGCAGUUCCUGCUCAACCUUCCAGCUCUUCACUCUACUAUAGUUUUUGUCUGCAUUAAAUAUGUUCCAGUCCCUGUGGUUCCUCAAGAGGAAAGAUUUCUAUUUCGACGAGUUUGCCCCAAAGAUUACCACAUAUUCCGCUGUGUCGCCCGAUAUGGCUACAAAGAUGUAAGGAAGGAAGAUCACCAUGCAUUUGAACAGCUUCUUAUUGAGAGUCUUGAGAAAUUCUUGAGAAGGGAAGCUCUAGAAACAGCCUUGGAGUUGGAGGGCAACUUAAGUGAUGAAAUGGACAGUGUCUCAGUGAAUACAAGAGUUUCAGAUGUUCCUGUUGAUACUGCGGCUGAGGAGCUUAGGAUUCCACUGGUGCAUGAUCAGAAAUUGGAAGAAGCAGGAGCUUCUUCUGCCUCUCAGGAAGUUGCAUCAGCAUUGCCAUCUAGUUACAUGUCAUCAGAUGAAGAUCCUGCUCUUGAAUAUGAGCUUUCAGCCCUUAGAGAAGCAUUGGAAUCAGGAUUCACCUAUUUGCUUGGACAUGGGGAUGUGAGGGCAAAGAAGAACUCUUUUUUCUUUAAGAAAUUGAUGAUAAAUUAUUUCUAUGCAUUCCUCAGAAAGAACUGCAGAGGAGGUACAGCAAACAUGAGAGUACCUCAUACCAAUAUCAUCCAAGUUGGGAUGACAUAUAUGGUUUGACUUGGCCAUAUUCUUUCUGAUAAUUAUGCAAUGCAAUCUCAGUCUGGAACGCACAUUGUUAUUGGUAUUUUUCUUUUCUGUGUACUGUGAUUAAUAAAAUUUUCGUAGUAUAUGUUGGCUCAUAAUAGUAAAUUGUCUUUAGAAAAACUCAGUUUGUAUUGCCUGUUACAACAGUGAUGGAGCCAACUUGGUUAAUGUAUGAAAUUGUUUCAGAUACUGUACUUAAAAUUGUGAUCAGAAAGGGAUCUAAAUUAGAUUAUUGGUUUUAAUGUACAUUAAUGUAUUUGGGCCAAGCUAGCGAAAGUUGUACUAGUCUCCUUGGGACAUUACCUUUUGUAUCACAUUUUUUGGGUUAAUUAUAGAAGAGUGUUUAAUAUA